AUGUCAAUGUUACAAUUACAAUUACAAUCACCUUUCACCUAUACAAGGAAAACAAAGAAUACCUCCACAUCAAAGAAAAGAUCGUACACUUCCACAGACAGUGACGAUUUGCAUCAUUAUGAUUUACCUACCCCAUCCACACCUUCGAUUAAUCAUAAAAGACAAAAGGGUGAUACACUUUCGCUUGUGCUGCCUCGUGAGGACAAUGUUCUUAUGGACAAACUAGCUACUAUGGAGUCAAAAGUAAACAACUUGCAGGAUUGCGAACUUAAAUUUGAACUACAAGACUUGAUUGAAGAUAGUUUACAAAUAUUAAAAGACAUAAAGUUACCUCGAAAAUCAUUUGAUGAAUUCUAUACCCCAAUGGCCGGGUCUACUUCCGAUAAUUCCAUAACAAGUAUCACAAACAACAUCUAUGAAACACCGAAAGACAGAAUAAUAAAUCACGACAAGUUCACAAGCCCCCCUCAAAUUCCAAAACUGGGCUACUAUUUUCAAACAAAACUUGAUGAAAUCGAAUCUACCGGCUUAGAUUUAUAG